AGCUGUGGCGGCCGCCGAGAGACGCUGACCUCGGUGCCCCGGUGUGGGGUGACCGGGAGACCCUCGGGCGGCUGGCGAGGAAGGCCCUGCGGCCUCCGAGUGCCCUGGUGCUCAGCGGCCGUCCUCUCUGCGGGCGCGCAGCGUCCUCCAUGGAAGCGCAUCCGGCCACAGUCGGCGUCUCCAGGCGCCGCGGCCCCGGCUCCCCGGAGCGGUGAUGGGAUAAAGGAGGGGACGCCUCCCGCGGCCCACCUCCGUCCCACGCCCAGAUCGCCCCGGGGGGCUGCCGCUCCGGAGGGUCGGAGGGUCGGGCCUCGCCUCCCCGCCGCCCCGUCCCUGGGGGCGCCCGCCCCCCAUGCCGCUAAAAGCGCUGCUAACAGCGCGGCCGCCCGUCCUCCCGCGCGCCCCUCCGUCCUGACUCCGCCGCCGUCCUCCCCGCCGAGAUGUGGCACAACGUGGGGCUGACGCUGCUGGUGUUCGUGGCCACGCUGCUCAUCGUGCUGCUGCUGAUGGUGUGCGGUUGGUAUUUUGUAUGGCACUUGUUUCUGUCCAAAUUCAAGUUUCUGCGAGAGCUGGUGGGAGACACGGGGUCCCAGGAGGGAGAUCACGAGCCACCAGGGUCGGAAGUGGAAGAGGACGCCUCUGCAUCUCCACACAGGAUCCGAUCUGCUCGCCAGCGCAGGGCACCCGCCGACGAAGGCCACCACCCCCACGCCGCCCUGGAAUAGCACCCGAAGAAGGGCAGUUGCAAGCCUCUGCUUGGUGACUUGGCUUGGGAAUAUACUGAAUGGCUGAAGAACACAUGUACUUGGAUUUUAUCCAUGAGAAGAUGUCUAUGUAAGCCAUAUGAAAAUAAAGGGAAUUAAACCCAGUUGGACCCUUGCAAGUUUCAUCUUCUAGAUAACCUUUUGCUUCACUAGCUUUUUACUUAUUCAUUUUUUGGCUCCUGGGCUUAUUUAUUCUUUGCUUUGGUGUGACAGGCUUGAAAACCUGUGUUUUCUGAGUCCUAAAAUGUACGCUUUUUGCAUUUUUAACAUGCCUGACAUUGGAACGCAUCUGAUUACUGUCACGCAGGCUGGUGCAUGUGUGAAUCGGCUGUCAUGAUGUCAUCACCCUAAGCAACGUGUGUGUCAUUGGUAGCAAAUGUGUCAGGUUUAAUUGGCAUUUAAAGAUGUCUCCAAAAAGAUUAUACGAUGAUUUAGUGUUGAAGAGAAAGGUUAUUGUGUGUGCAGGAAAGCAUGGAAACAGAGCAGUUGGGCGAAUAUCUGAUGUUAGUGAAGCAAAUAUUUGCUGCUGGAGGAAUGAGCGAAUCCCGUAUUUUCUUGCACGACAACAACAGAAUGCUCUACAGGGCCUAAGAAAUGAAGAUAGCCCAAAGUAGAUGAAGCUUUACUGCAUUUUUGUGAAUGAGGCACGUACCAAAGGAUCAUGUGUCACACGCCAAGUGGUGUAACUAAAGGCAGGAGAAAUUGCCAAAACCCCUGACAUCCAUGAAGCCAAGUUCAGAGCAGCAAGAGGCCGCAGUGACUGAUUCGUGCUGGAGUGGAACUGUCUAAGGCAGCAAGCAUGGCCUUGUCCAGACUUCCCGCUGCCGUGAGGCGGAGUGCAGUGGGGGAGCUUGGUGCCAGGAAGCGCUGCGGCCCUGUCGCUCCUGCUGAGCCUCUGGGCUGGGCGUGGGAAGAUGCCUGUGUCGACUGCAAUAUGAAAAGUGAUUCCAAAGAACCGGACUCAGAAUAUGAACCAAAUUAUUCCACACAUUUCAUUACAUAUUCACAGGGCGAUGUGAUAAAAAUCUGUAACUCCUCAAAGCGAUUUCAAGACGUGUGAAAUAAACAUUUUCUGUGAUGGGAAAGCUUUGUGUCGCACUUGAACGGGCAAUGAUUUUUUUCCUAAUGAUCCCGUCUGGUGCAUCUAACUAUUGCUGGAAUCCUCGGUUAAUAAAAGAGUAGUGGUAAUUUUCCUGCCCUCCCAAGAUAGCCAGUUUUUAUUGGAGAAUAGUUCUCGCCUGUGAAAUAUGUUUUUGGCUGAACGUAUUCCACGACUAAGAGCAGAAGCUUAGAAGCGUAAGAACUGUCUUCUUUAAGAAGAGUAGGAGUGGCUCCUCCCUUUGCAUGGGAGAACUACGCCCCAUGCGUGUUGCCGGAGGUGACAACAGCAAUUCAGUGACAAGGCCUCAGAGGUAUGCAGCAUACUGAGGGACAAACAAUGGGUAAAAACACCCUCUGAACUCGGAAAUGACUUGCCAGGGUUUCUGUGUUUGUCUGAAGUGAACUUCGGAAGGAGUGUUUACAAGGGGAGAGGAAUUGGGGUGAAGGAGUCUGCCUGUGGAGUGUUACACUUGCUGUGUGCAGAAAUGAGAUGCCAAGCCAAUUCAUGUAGUCAACCCAAGUUUUUAAUGUUUUCAGCCUUUGUCUCGACAACCCAUCAUACCUCUUUUACGACAGUGUGUGAUUGUGCCUGAUACCUCAUACUUCACGCCGAUGGUUUGCUCGGGUGGUUGAACAGUGUGCUGGCCCUGCCCUAAGUUGUAUUCCUGACAGACACCUCCUUGGUCACAGUAUAGCUCUUUGGCGCUAUAGAAAGGGAAUUCACAGAACAGAACUUUAGUGUUUGUGUGUUUGUGCAGGGAGAACUCCAGCAACUGGGAGUUCAGUGCCCUUCAUUUCCUUGUUGGAAGCAGUGUUGUAUUUUCGUUAUGACGGUUCCUAGAGUCACAUCGAAGUGACUGUCACUUAAGGGAGAGAUGCCCCCUAGAUAUCUAGGUCCUAGGAAGUUAUUUAAAGUUUUGUUUGAAACUGUGGAUUCUGCUUUAUGGUUGCUGAAAAACUAUAAGCAGCUGGCCAGCUUCGGUCAUGUCAGUGUUAGAGAGAGAUGGCUGGUGGAAGUCGCAGGGCUCAAGCCUACGUUGACGUCAGUGAACCCAUUUGAGGUUAGCAUUACCUGUUAACAUUUAUGCCUCAAAGCAUGCCUCAUUUUAUAGAAUUUUAAGAAAUUUCCUGUGUAAGUUACUUGAAAUAGACCUAAUUGUAUAUUAAUAACUCAUACUUGCCUUGUUUUAACAAGCCCUUAGGGAGAGUAAGGAGAAAUUAAUGCCAGUAUAAGGAGCCUACAAACUAAUCUUUGUUUUGUGCAUUCUAUUGCACACUUAGUCGUGAUGGAUAUUUCUACAGCCACUAAGGAAAGACAGACGAUGCAGAAUUAUUUGUGUGGUAUUGUGUAUUUGUUCUUUUUGCUGUUUUUAAGUUUUGUGGGGGAGGUAAGUGGAUUUACCAGGCCUACAGCGCAACUGCAUUUCAGUCUCUCAGUAGAAGGUAGACUAGCCUCGUCUGUGGUUGGCUUGGAGGUUUCAAAGGUUACCAGCAGUUAAAACGCAUGCAAGCAUCAAGUCUUGUUACAGUGCUCACAGAACGUGGUGGUCAUGGAGUAGGCUGCCUCGCGGGCUUCGGGAGAUGGUUUCAUUUCCAUCCCGGCUGCCCGCUGCCCAGUCCUCCUCUAGGCUAAACUUUCUUUGUAGAAAUUACCUGUAUAGUGACAUUGAUCAAAUUUAAAUGCCAAAGCCACUAAAAUAUUGUAUAGCACUGUUGAAUGAAGUUUUUAAUGCUCAUAUAGAUGUAGAACUCAGUUUUGUAAUGACAUUUUCAUAGUGCAAACACAAGUUGGACACCAGACAGCCGUUUAAAGGCACACUGACCCAUUUCUUUGAUGUUACUAGGUUUAAAAACAGUUUUCAAAUAUUUGAAAGUUUGGAAAACGUAGGGUUGAUAGAUUCACAAACUAUGACAUCUUGCAGUAUUGAAAAGUUUAUUUUUACUUGUGAAGUAACAACUUUUGAAAGUAAAGAUAUCAUCUUUUUAAAAGCCAGUUUUGUUUUGUUUUGUUUUCAAAAGGUGUGUUUCAAUGUAAAGUGUAGCCUGCAGUGUAACUUUAGGAAUGGACUGAUGAGUUUGUGGUGCUUUCCCAGUUGAAGUUGGCUUUAAAAGCUACGGAGCGGUCUACCAUGGUUACAGACGCUGGAGCUGGUGCUCUGCCGCGGAGGAUAGCAUUCAAGCACCCAGUGUCUGUCCCCUAAGCGUCCUAGAGUUCUUAACUUAAAGCAUGGAAAGUAAUAUUUUAUCUUAGAUUAAUAUAAGUUCCCUGUACCGUGUGUUGGUGCACACAUACUACUGUUGGAUGAGCGAUGUGUACCAUUGCCCUCCAAGUCGGUUCUAUGCAUAACUGGUCACCAGAUACUGCGGCUGUGGUUUCUUAAAGGAAGAGUCCUGUGCUCUGAGGCAUUGGCACGCUGCUGCUGCUGGACAAGUAGAUUUGUGAGGAUUUAGAACUGUGUGUUAUUAAUGUGUUACUAGUACCCACGUGUAACAUGAUGACUGGUCAGUACCCUAGCUAGAGCUUUUGUGAUUUAUAAUGUUUUAACUUGAAAAUGCACAGAAUAAAUUAAAAUGAAAGCAAAA